AUGUCCUCGACGCUGACACUAGCGGCGGGGCGGGACCUGUCCACCAUCGGGCUGUCCGCCUGGCCCGGACGACCCCCGAGCCCUCGAGUGAUCCAGUCCUCCCUCCAUCGCGUAGAUGGGGACACUCAUGGGCCACCAUCAGGCACAUGGCCGGCCACCGACCAUGCCUCUUACACGAGACAGCCCAAUUUAAGGUUGCUGUCCUCUUGCGGACACGGUGGACUUGAGCAGCCGUGUUGGCCAGCCCUCUGGAGGUUCCGGGGGCCAGCCAACGGCCAGCCCGCGGACAAAGCUUCGUCGGAACAGCUCUCCACCCUCAUCUCGCAAAAUGGAGAAUUGGCCGCAGGCAGCAGAAGACAGUCGAGGGGGAAACCCGAAGCAGAGGAUGAAGCUCUCCAUCCCCUCCCCCAGUUGUGCCUGUCCGCUCGACAUGCUUCCUCUGAGUUGGGCCAGAUCACUCGUUGGCCAGAACUAUCCGAUCCUGCAGCUGCAGUGCAUGAUGAUGCAGUAGUCGGUUCACAGCCUCGUCCUGGCGCGUCGUAUUAA